UACCUCCUGACUCUUAUGGGGAACCUACUGAUAUUGCUGGUCAUCAGGGCAGAUUCUUACCUUCAUACUCCCAUGUACUUCUUCCUGAGUCACCUCUCUUCCCUGGAUUUUUUCUUCUCUUCUGCCACAGUGCCCAAACUGCUGGAGAAUCUUCUGUCACAGAAGAAAAUCAUCUCUGUGAAGGACGGUAUGGCUCAGAUCUUUUUGUUGGACUCUGGGGGCACUGAAACCUGCCUGCUCACAGUGAUGGCCUAUGACUGCUAUGUUGCCAUCUGCCACCCUCUACUCUAUGACCAGAUGAUGAGCAACCAGCUCUGUAAGGGGCUGGUUUGGGGCUCCUGGGUCCUGGGCUUUCUGAAAGCAUUCAUAAACAUCUUGCUAGCGAUAAACUUGGACUUCUGUGAGAAUCAGUCUAUCCCCCACUACAGCUGUGAGUUACCCUCACUCUUCCCUCUGUCCUGCUCUGACGUUUCCACCAGUUUUACUGUUAUGCUCUGCUCUACCAUCCUGCAUGGACUUGGAACUUGUGUCCUGAUUGUUUUCUCCUACAUUCUCAUUGUGUCCACCAUCCUGAGCAUCAGCUCCUGCAGUAGAAGCAAGGCCUUCUCCACCUGCUCCUCCCACAUCACUGCAAUGCUCCUGUUUUAUGGCUCAGCUUUCCUUCGCUAUAUCAUGCCAACCUCAAGUUCACCAUUGGAGAUGAUCUUCUCUGUGCAGUACAGUGUGGUCACGCCCCUAGUGAAUCCUUUCAUCUACAGCUUGAAGAACAAUGAGGUGAAAGCAGCUAUGAGAAGGACCUUGAGAAAAUAUUUCCAAUAUUUCAGGCUGCUGACCACAGACAGAGGAUGA